AUGCAGUUCUUCGCCCUUUUCACCGCAAUCGUGGCCGCCUUGCCCAUUGCCAUGGCCGCACCGGCGAAAAACCAGAACUCUGUACCCGCAUCAAGUGUCAGUGGUGGCCGUGUGACGGCGGGCGGUGCCAACUGCAGCCCAGUGCAAGGGAGGUUGGUCUGCGAUGAUGGCUUCGGAAACACCUUCUUCGCCGAUGAUCCGUUCAGCUCUUAA